UCUUUAAUUACAUAGAUGUUAACAGUCUUUUAUAUAAUAAAACGCGAAAAAGCCAACAAUCCUAUGGUUAUUUUCUCUAUAAUGUGGAAUCAGCAGUCUCUUUCUUUUAUGUGCCCAGUAUUAUUUGACUCUGAUUUCAUUUUCCAGUUCUGGAAUCCUAAGCAUGCCUCCAUUCUUGGAGGAGCCAUGGACUCUGUCUGCAAUCCACCAAAGCCAUGAGAUCCCUCUCGUCCACAAGCAAACACAUCUCUUUCUUACUCCAGCGAACCUCCAGCCUGCGAGAACUCACCCAAACCCACGCUCUACUCACCAAAACCGGCCUCGCCUAUCACCCUCCUCUCCUUGCCAAACUCCUCGCCCUCUCCGCCCUCUCCCCUUGGGGCAGCCUAGCCCACGCCCGCUCCCUGUUCGACGCAGUGCCUAUCAAAUCCGUGCUCCUCUACAACGUCUUGAUCCGCGCCUACUCCCAGAGCAUCUUCCCCACCGAAGCCAUCCACCUCUACAACCAUAUGUGCCGCCUCCACUUGCUCCCCGACAAGCUCACCUUCCCCUUCGUCUUCAAGGCCUGCGGCCGCGCCGCCAACGUCGAGCGCGAGGUCCCCCGUGUGGCUCUCGCCCGGAAGGGCUCCGAAGUCCACUGCCGGGCCUUCCGCCUUGGGUUGGAGCGCGACGGCUUCAUCCAGAACUCGCUCAUGUCGAUGUAUUCGCAAUGCGGGCGCGUCAGGGACGCCAGCAAGGUGUUUGAUGAAAUGGUUGAAAGGACCACCGUCUCGUAUAAUAUUAUGAUAGCCGCGUAUGAUAGGAAUGGAGAACAGGAGUUGGCGGACCGGCUUUUCUACCAGAUGGAGGAGAAGAGUGUGGUCUCUUGGAAUAGUAUGAUCACGAGACACGUGAGGCUGGGAGACGUUAAUGCAGCGAGGAAAAUCUUUGACGAAAUGUCUCAAAGGGAUGCCAUCUCUUGGAACACCUUAAUGGCAGGUUACAUUCAGGUUAAAAACUACAAGCAUGCGUUGGAACUUUUUAAACGGAUGCAAGCGAAUGAUGUUGAGCCAACAGAGCUGACCAUCGUGUCUGUUCUUGGAGCUUGUGCUGAGACCGGUGCAUUGGAGAUGGGUAAGAAGGUGCACAAAUACUUGAGGGAUAAGGAGUUCAAAAUUGAAGGCUAUGUGGGCAAUGCUCUUUUGGAUAUGUAUGCAAAAUGUGGUAACUUGAAGCUGGCUUGGCAAGUGUUUGAUGCGAUGGGAAUGAAGCAUGUGACGUGCUGGAACACAAUGAUUGUGGCUCUGGCAGUACAUGGUCACUGUAAGGAUGCUCUUGAGCUGUUUGCUUCCAUGGAGAGGGAGGCAAGCCUCGGUGUGAAGCCCAACCGGGUCACUUUUCUGGGGGUUUUGCUUGCUUGUAGCCACAAGGGUCUUCUAAAGGAGGGGCAAGACUUUUUCCAGAGAAUGGUCAAAGAGUAUAACAUUGAGCCUGAUAUAAAGCAUUAUGGUUGCAUGGUUGAUAUGCUGAGCCGGUGUGGACUGGUUGACGAAGCUUUUCAGAUGAUCAAGGAGAUGCCAAUGAAGGAAAAUUCAGUGUUGUGGAAGACGGUGCUUGGGGCUUGUAGAGUUCACGGUGAUGUGGAGUUGGCAGAGGAAGCAUUCAAAGAACUUGCAGAGUUGGCUCCAUUGAGUGAUGCGGAUUAUGUUCUGAUGUCGAACAUUUAUGCAGAAGCUGAGAGAUGGGAAGAUGUCGAGCGUUUAAGGACAGGGAUGAUUGGUGAUAGCAUUUCAAAGCAACAAGGUUGUACUCAGAUUGAGCUAGAUUAGAGGCCAACUUAAUUGAUGUGUCCAUCCUGUGUCGCAGUACUGGAAGGUGCUAUCUAGGGCUCAAAAUGCUGUCCCGGAAAGACUGCCAUGCACAUUGUCUUGAAAUACUGCUUGGCAUAUGGUUAGUAUAUGGUGAGUCCAUGUUGGAUCAAGCCUAGACAGGGUGGUUAUUUAUAGAAGAUCCUUAGAUUCUAUAGCUGAUUCUUGGAUUGGUUCUUACAAUUAGAGCCAAUCUUUUGUGAACCAAAGUAGCUCAUGGAGUUGGCUGAAGACAUUUGGUUCAUUGUGAAUGUACUGCAUUAUGAUCUCAAAUAGAUAUUAGACAUAAGCAUGGUUAAUUGGGAUGAGAUUUAUAGUUAUACAGACUUUGAUGCCCUGUUUUUCUGUCUCGUAUAUCUCCUCCAUGUCGUUGGCGAGUGAAAGUUUGUUACUUUGUGCCUAAAGUGAAGUUAACUUCUAUUUGCUGUGAUUGCAUGUUUCAAAUGCAUGAGAGAUGGAAAGGGGUUAUUGACAAAGGACCAAUCACCGAUAGACUUAGCUCUUAUGGUCAAGGAGGAUUAGUGGGCAGAGCUCCUCUCUCCUUACUAAUGACCUGCCCAUAAACAUGAGGAGUCAUGGGAAUUUUAAAGAAGCCAAGGUGGACAGAGAAAGGUUGCCUUGGAAUCUUGUUGUGUUAGUCACAAAGAAUGUAUGUGAGAUAAGGUAUGAUGCGAUUGUUCAGGCUGGUAGUUUCCAUUCCUGAAGACCAUGGUAAAAUAUGUGUUGCCAAUGUAUUUUCUCAGGUAUCAGGCCAAUGAUGCAACUGAAUUGAAUGGCAAAAAUUGGAGUUUGAAGGGAAAUGGAGGCUGUAUUAGAGCUCUGGAAUGGCUGCUGGCUAUUUCUACAAUCACGAAUGGAUUAUUUUGCAACUCUUUUGGAAUGGUGAUCAAGAAGGCUUUAUUCUCUGAUAUCUGUCAACCUUUAUCACCCAAAUGGCAAGGUGUCAAUUGAGAGAUGGUCAAGAGUAUAUAUCUUUUGCAGGAUGUGGUGAAUUCUCUUGAAAUGGACGCGAUUGAGUGGAGAUGGAAUGCCAAUGGAAUCUUCACAACUAACAGCUGCUACAAGAGAUUGAACUUCAGUGGAAUCGUUCUUACCAGAUCAAACAAAUCUGGAGUGUAUGCAUUUUUCCAUAAAAAAUCAAAGUGGCCCAGUGUUCACUCUUUAAACCAA